GAUUAGUGUCUGGCCUGGGAGAGAAGAGGGUAUUCCUUCAAACUAAGAAUGGGAUGUUCCCUGGGAAUCAGCACUCCCUGUUCGUGCCUGUGUGCAGGAAGAUCCUAAAUAUAAGAGUGAGGGGAUGCAUGAAUUACAUGUUGCCAAUCUCCUAUGCCUGGGGGAAUUUCAGUGUCCUUGCUGUUGGGAUCUGGGCCAUUGUGCAGCGAGAUUCCCUUGAUGCCAUAACGAUGUUCUUGACUGGCCUGCUGCUCACAGUCCUCACAGACAUCAUUCACAUCUCUAUCUUCUACCCUUCACACGACUUCCUCAGUGACGCGAAGCGUUUCAGUAUAGGCAUGGCCAUCUUCAGUCUCCUCCUCAAACCUGUGUCCUGCUACUUGGUGUAUCGAAUGUAUCGGGAGCGUGGAGGAGAGUACACCUUUAACAUAGGUGUCACCAGUGCAGGCCAGGACCGCAGCACCUACGAGCCCAUCGAUCAGCCAGAUGUUUCUCCACAGUGGCCUUCCCCAGGCAAGGCAGCCCAGCCACCGUACUGAGGCACCCAGCACCCCAGCACAGACCCUGCCCUCGCCCAGCCCAGCCUCCUGUUCUUCCCAUGGAGCAGCACCUGCUACUGGGCAAACAGGAGAUCUGAUAUUUCUUUUGCCUACCUAAAGGUUAGGCAGAUGGGUUCUGCAGUAAGUCCAGAAGAUUUUGGAGGUGUCAUGUUAAGCACAGUGUCAUGUUAAGCACAGUGACUCACUGUAAUCCCAGUAUUCUCCUUUCCUCCCUCCCCCUAAAUCCCUUCUCUGUAUGUGUGUGACUGGAUGCACCUUCUGCAGUCCUCCAGUCUUUCCUUGUGCUUCCUCUUCGUUUUAAGAGAACCACUCAAAGUACUCCUGGACAAGCAAUCUUUAAAAGGCUUAUGGAUUGCCCUAAAACAAUACAGUGUAGCCUGAUUUUAUGCAGAUAUAUUUCCAGGAAACAUGUGGGAGUUCCCAAGAGCUGUUUUUGAUGGCAUUAUUUAACUUCUUGUGCUCCUGGUACCUGGAAUUGGGUUUUAUUAAGUGAUGCUUUUACACAAGUUGAAUGUCCUUCAGGAUACUUUAAAUGACUGUUGAAUGUAGAUUAUAGACCCUUUGUGCCUUGAAAUAUCCUUUUGCCUUCAGCUGCUUGUCUUAACAGAACUUGAAAUGUUACAUUUUUCUAAGAAAACUAUAAAAUGAACACAGUUUUUCUGUGUUAGAAAAAGUUA